CGACCAAGAAGAAGAAGAAGAAGAAGAAUAUUUUGUUGCGCACAACCCUUAUAACGGGCUGUGCUGUACUGAUAAACAAAACGAAGAUUCUUGGGGUAUUUUCUUCCCGAUUUCGGAAAGAACUUUAAAGUAAUUCUUUGACAUUUGCUGUCUCAAGGUAAAAUAAAUCAGUAUGGAGAUACCUGUCGUGGAUUUCAAUGUCUACGAACUGGGAAAGACCAAUGUGUCAGAUGAUAGGUUGGAAAAGUUAAGUGACGAAAUAAGAAAGGCCUUUAGUGAGGUGGGAUUUGUUUAUCUGAAAAACACGGGCAUACACCAGGACGAGGUGGAAAAAGUCAUGGGUGUUUCAAAGAAGUUCUUCUGUUUGCCAGAAAACAUGAAGAAGCCUUUUAGCAGGGGCAAUUUAUCAUGUGAUGUAAACCACGGCUGGGUUUCGCUGGAGAAGGAAAGUUUAAAUCCUCGACGUCCCGGUGAUCUGAAGGAGGCGUUCAAUACAACAUCUUUGCGCACGGAUAUCGUAAAUAUCUAUUUCUUCUCAUCUAUCUCUUUCUUUCCUUCUCCCUCUUUCUUAGUGUUUCAUAUGGAGUGUGUCAUAAAGUAGGGUCUUCGUCUCAAUACUACCGCCAAAUGCAAACUGAAAGUGAAACUAAAAGAUCUUCAGGACAACCUGUCAAAAUAAGUUUGGUUUAACUCAUGAUAGAAAUAUUAGAGCAAUUCCAGCGUUACGGACGUGACAU